AUGGCCGACGACGGGGACUAUGACCUCUUCGGGCCGCCGCCGCCGACCAAGCCGACCGACUCGUACGAGAGCCUCUUCCCACCGGCGGCUCCGAGCAACGACGUUGGCAACGAGCUCUUUCCUGCGGCUGGCAGCACGUCGACAUACGACGACCCGACGCCGCUCAUCCCACCGACGCCGGUCCUCGCCCGCGGGCCCGCGCCGCCGGCGUACGCCCGCCAAACCACCGACGACAUCAAGAAGGCCGGCAACGCAAUCGACAUAAUCCUCGUGCGCAACGAGUCGGGUACCGCGAUUGCCUGCACGCCAUGGGUCGCGGCCUUUUCGUACUCACGCUUCUCGUCGAGCAGCGCCGGCGACCACGUCGACGUGUUCGUGAACGGGCGCAAGCUACCGCUGCCCAUGGUUCUUGGCGACAAGGGCCGGUGCGCCUUCCCGUCCGGGCAGGACACGCCGCCCGACGACGUCCUCGCGUUUCUCAACGACAUGAUCCCGCUCGACGACACAUCGCCGUUCGCAAGCGUCCGCUUUGAGCACCGCAAGCGGUACACAGUCUCGGUCCGGUACGUCGAGUGCCGCCUGUACGUGUGGGGGCCCGACGACGCGGUUGUGGUCGCCGACCUCGACGGGACGAUCACGAUCAGCGAUGUCGAGGGCCACAUCCGCACGCUGCGCUUGGGGCAGUACGACUUUAUCCAUGCCGGUGCGUGCGCGUUCUUCUGGAAGCUGCAUGCAAUGGGUCUUCGCAUCUUGUACUUGACCGCGCGGCCGAUCCACUGGGCCGACUCGUCGCGGGAGCACCUCGACCAGGCAGCGCAGCCGCCGUACAAGCUGCCGCCGGGACCGCUCGUCACCAAUUCAAGCGGCUACACGGGUGCGCUCCUCACCGAAGUCGUCAACAAGAACCCGAAUGUCUUCAAGCAAAACGUGCUCAAUUCGAUCCAGCUCGCAACCAUUCAUGGCGGCCGCAAGUCGGCGCAUCCGGUGUUCGUCGCCGGAUUCGGCAACCGCCCGACCGACGUCGUGGCGUACGAAGCGGUCGGGAUCGAUGCGGCGGCCAUCUUCCUCAUCGACCCGACGUCGAGCCUCAAGGCCGUGCGCGGCGCCCAGGUCUUCGAGUCGUACGCAGACCCGGAAGCGCUUCUCUGGCUCCUUCCCAAGCUCAAGCCCAUCGUCCCGUUUGGUCUCCGCGACACGAUGGACAGCUACUUUGCGCACGAGGUCGUGGACGCCGAAGAGCGCAAGGCAGCCCGUGCGAUUGCAAAAGCCAAAGCUCUCGCCGCCGACGCGCGGUCCUUGUCGCGCACGCUCAGCAGCAGCAGUAGAGCCUGUGGCCAGGGCUCCAGCAGUCAGUGA